ACAAUGAAGAACCACCACCACCAAUGGUUGCAAUUAAAGAAGCUUAUGAAUCUUUAAAGAAAGUAAUUAGAUUUGAAGAACAACAAGAUGAAAUAAUCAAUUAUAAUAUAAAGAAGUUGGAAACAUUUAGAAAAUAUCUUCCUUAUUAUGAGAA